AGUCCACGUGACUCCUUCCAUCUUCGAGUGUGCGCUUCCAGUGGACACAGGAGUGAAGAGGGCACCCGCCCCCCAGCUCGCCUUUGAUGGAUGUCCUUGACCCCUUGCUGGGCCGAGAAGCCGUCCCUCUCCAGAAGGUCCCAGCAGAUCGGGUAGCAGCCUGCCUCCUUUAUGUGUACAUGCCUGACUGUUCUCUGCUUUUCUCCCUCCUGCCUUGUCUCCUCCCUCCUUCCUCUGUCCAGCAGGCCUCCUAUGCUGCUUCUUCCUUCUCCUCUGUCUCCUACUGUGUCCAGCAAACUAAAGUGGCCUUCACCCCCGAGGACGGCAGUGCCGGUCAGGGCAUCAGUGUGUCCGUCUCUAACUCCUUUCUCAGCCGGCACGGCAGCUUACCUGUGCCCUCGUACAAGUCCGUGUUUAGGUCCUAUUCGCAGGAUUUCGUGCCUCACAGCCAAGCUUCCGUCCAGCCUUUCCUUCCGUCUACCUCCUCUUCCUCUCCACACUUCCCACCUGUCCACCAGUCUCAGAGCUCUGACUUAGCCGUGCCACCCGUGGCCAGUCUGCCUCCCAGCACCCUGGACGGGCUUCUCUCGUCUUCUCAGGAGAGCAGCUUUCACGGAAACACUGUCUGCCUUCCUUCCGAAACCUCUUUCACUGACUCGCCCCAGACGCCUUCGGUGAGAACUCAACACGCACGCCUCCACACGGGGCUGCCCGCUCCAGGAAAGCCUCCACCCGCCCUCGCUUUCGAGGCCAUUGCUGGUGUGGGCCCUGUCGCACUGUGGCUGGGCUGAGGGGUGCGCAGGUCCCCCGCUGAGAUGGUAGCCUGUCAGCUUCCAGAGCAGAAAGCAAACCUUCUGUGUGGAUUCCCAGCAAACUAGGAUCUCAUUUUCCACAGAUGGGUUAGUGGCCACUUAGAGAUGAUCUGUUGUCAUAAUCAUGAGAUAUAAAUGCUGCUGGUUUUCCAUGUGGUUAGGGGUUUCUAGAGAAGGGCACAGAGGUCUCCGACGGCCCAGGGGCAGUUGCGUGUUGAGUUGCUGUGGUACUGAGGAUGGGGGCCUGCUUGCCGUGGGUCAGGCGGGCUUCAGUGCCUCCUCCGGGCUCAGGACAAGGCUGCUGUGCACGGGGACGGGGGGACGGGGCAGGACAAGUGCAGGCGCCUGCAGCCGGCCCCCCAGCGUGGGGAUGCUCUCCUGCCCUCCGUGAUCGCCCCCC